AUGGCAGCGUUGUGUGCCGAGCCACCAAAAGGAGGAUUUUCUUUCGAAAAUUGUGCAAGAGAUCGCCACCAAGCCGGGCAGAUACCAUUUCCCCUUGCAAGAUAUAUCACAUAUAAAACAACUCACCACAGUAUAGGUUGGGGAGAAUGCACACACACACAAAAAAACACCAAUGAUAAUGUACAUAUGGAUGGUGUUGUCCUGGGAGCAGACACCAGAGCAACAGAAGACACAGUUGUGGCAGACAAGAACUGCGCCAAAAUACACUACCUCUCUGACAACAUUUAUUGUUGUGGUGCUGGAACAGCCGCUGAUACUGAGAUGACAACCCAGCUGAUUUCUGCUGAGUUAGAACUGCACCGGUUGAAUACAGGACGAAUCCCUCGAGUUGGCACAGCCAACCGUCUUCUCAAACAAAUGUUGUUUAGAUACCAAGGCUACAUAGGCGCUGCCCUCGUCCUAGGAGGUGUGGAUACAACUGGACCUAGUUUGUACAGUAUCUGGCCUCAUGGCUCCACAGAUAAACUACCCUAUGUGACAAUGGGUUCUGGUUCUUUGGCAGCCAUGGCAGUUUUUGAAGAUGGGUUCAAGCCAGAUAUGACUAGAGAAGAGGCUAUGAAGCUGGUCAGGGAUGCUAUUGCUGCCGGCAUCUUUAACGAUCUGGGCUCUGGAAGCAACAUUGACUUGUGUGUCAUCACUCAAGGCAAGGUGGAGUACAUCAGGCCACAUGAGAUUGCUAACCAGAAGGGAGUCAAGCAAGGCAAGUACCUGUACAAGAGAGGUACCACCGGGGUCCUGUCUACAGAAGUCAAGAAGGUUGAGUUUGAUAUCAUCGGGACAGAGAUCCGGAGACAUCAACCCAUGGAAACUCAGUAG